CGGGCUCCGCAGCCGCAUGGCCCCGUCCCGGCGGCAGCUCGGCCUCCGCGCCGCUUACGCCGGCCUCAGCUCGCUGGCCGGCUUCUCCGUCUUCUUCGUGUGGACGGUGGUCUACCGACAGCCCGCCACGGCGGCGAUGGGGGGGCUCGCAGGUGUGCUGGCUCUGUGGGUCCUGGUGACCCACGUGAUGUACAUGCAAGAUUACUGGAGGACCUGGCUCAAGGGGCUGCGGGGCUUCUUCUUCGUGGCCAUUCUCUUCUCCGUCGUUUCCAUUGCGGCCUUUUGCACCUCCCUUGUAUUGGCCAUCACCGGACACCAGAGCCUCACAGACCCCACCAGCUACUACCUGUCCUGUGUCUGGAGCUUCAUCUCCUUCAAGUGGGCCUUCCUGCUCUGCCUCUAUGCCCAUCGCUACCGGGCCGACUUUGCCGACAUCAGCAUCCUCAGCGACUUCUGACCCAGAAGUGAGGGUACUGUGUGGCCUGGGGGCCUCGACACCAAGACCUGGCUCCAGAGUCAGCAAGUGGGCCUUUCUCCAAGCCCAGACUCCAGAUACACUGCAGGACCACUUCAGUUUCCCAGGAAGCUGUCUGGUCCCCUUUGGGGAAGACCUGGUACCAUGGAAGGGGUUCUUGCUAAGCUGCACAUCAGCUUGGCUGGAGUGUUGCUUAGGCCUUUCCAAAUGGAUCUGUUUUCUUAGCACUUGAUGGGCCAGGGUUAUGAACUUAAGGGGUCAAGGGAUAAGGACUGUGAGGUCUUGACCUAUGCCUAGUGACCCAGAUUCAUAACAGGUUUGGUCCCUGCUGCCCCAGGACCUGUCACUGAGGUUAGAGUGGGCAUCUGAGCAAGUCAAAUCAAGUUAAUAAAUCUCUAGUAGAGAUGUUCUGAUCCUAUCCUAGCAACCCCAUCCUGUUGUCCCCCAGGGUCAGGAAGCUGAAAUCAUUGAUUCUAGGGAAGUGACAUUUGGCUCUUUUCCCAAGAUAGGGGAGCUGUGCAAACUUCAGUGUCCCUCUUCCCACCUUCCACUCAAAACUGGCCUCUCCUGAGGGUGCUAGAGCCAGCCAGCCAUUCCUGAGUGGCACAUAUGGUCACUCACCCAGAGCAGACUCUUUGAAUGAGGCCAGACCGAGAACCGAGGGGCACGUACUCCUGCCCUGGGAUGGGCUCUGGGUACUUGUGGGUCUCCAGCCCUGCACUUCCACCUGCCCCUCGUUGCACCAGAUACCCCACCAUGAGGCAUCUCCUCCCCAUGCCAGCUCUCCUCACUGCCUCCCGCUUGAGCUUUUAUCUUCUUCAUCUCCCUUCGGAAGGACAGCCUCUGCUCUUCUGCGAGUACACUGGCCCAAUGCCACAUCUAACUUGGGGCGGGGAGGGACCUAUGUUACAUGUAUCCUUUUACAUUAAGUUGCCAUUUUGCACGUCACUUUUCCCUGUGUCCUCCCCUAGCUCUCUGCCUUAUCUGUGCCACUGUCACUUUAGCAAAAAUACAGCGGCCAUUUGUAUCAACA